GAAAGCAAUGAAUAUUCUGCCUUUGUUAGAUAUUGGAUAUCUUGAUAUUCUUCAGUCGAAAUGAAUGAAACAAUACCAUGAGUAACCAUAGGAAUGUUCAAAUUAAAGCUCAUGGAGGGUCCAUCACCUCAGGCCAAAGAACAGUCACAGGAAAUAUCUCAGAAGGAAGUCCUGUACCUGAGGUGUCAGUGGUGUCUGGGGAGAAUCAGCCAGGUCAGGUGUCUAGCAGCAUGAAUUUGCAGAUUGAGGCCUUGGACUCCGACAUCUCAUGUGCACAUGAAACAGCCGUCCACCUCAAUGUCACUCCUUCUUCCAGUGUCACUGAGAGAGAGCAGCAGCUGUCUGACCCCGAGACCCCAAGUCCUACAACAGACACUGUCCCCCUCUCCCCAUCCAUCAGUGUCACAGGGGGUUCUCCAUCAGGGGCCACAACUCUUCACUUCUUUGUCCAUGAGAAGGGGAAGUACAUACAGAUAGGACAAUGUUGUGUUGUUGUAGAGCUGCAUGUUAAUGAUGGACUUAUGGAGAAGCUGAAGAAAGAAGGAACACUGGAAGUUGACACUCACACUGGUGCCUCUGUGGUGACACUGAGGUGGAGAGGAAUUGAGGAAACUGAGGAGGUACUGAGGACCAGGAUAAAAGCACAGUUAACCUCCUCACUGACAGAGAACCUGCAAGCUCUGGAGAGGACAGUCCUAGAGGACCUGGUGAACAAGGACUGUGACAAAUGUCAGAAACUGGUGACAUUCCUCUUACAGGAGAUGAGGGGCCAUUUGGCAGAUAUAUCCCUGGGGUGUUUCCAACUCACGGUGCUAUUUACAAGUCAGGAGGAGCUAGAGAAAGCCACCUCUUCUGAUUCCCUUCAGAGAAUGCAGAAGUUUCUGGAGAGUUUACUUGUUACAGAGAAAGUACAAGAGUUGGUUGAGGAUGUCCGAUUUUCUGUGACUGUCUUAGGUGAAGAAGCAGCUAUAUCAUACAAAGAGGUCCUAGAGGUCACCACUUUAUACAGAAGGGAGGAUAAGACAUCAAGUGAGAAAGUAUCAAGUGGAAUGGGUAAGGAGAUUUCUGAGCUGAAAUCAUUUUUAUCCCAUGAAUUAACCAGUCUGCGAGCAGGCCAAGCAAGGGAGAUAAUGACUCAGGAACAGCUCACGAGACAGAUUGGAGCUCAGGUUCAGCAGUGCGUGACCGAGGAGCUGGAUCAGUUCCGUCAGAGACAAGUCCAGGUUUUACGUGAUGCCAUAGCGGAACUGUUGCCAGGGUUACAACAGAGGUUAUAUGAAAAUGUUGUUACUAAACUACAGGACUCAGGCAUCUCUGAAUCAGUCCAGCAUCAAACUGAUGAAGCCCUCUCGAGUGCAGAGAGAAUAAGUCGGUUGGUGAGUUUUGUACAGUCCAAGGCUCCACAAGUCCUUCCUGAAGUCAAGGUCAGACAGAGGGGACCACCUGUAGAUUUUUUAGCUUUCUUCAGUGCUAUACAAGGAUUGAGUUACAAAGAUGAGGAGAAAUCUGAGGAAGAUGAAGGAUAUACUGACACCAAAGGAGCUGGGCUCCAUGAAAAACUCAUGAAAAUCUGGGGAGAGGAUGGGGUCAAGGUUGUGCAACACUCCAUGGAGAUGGCUACACAAGCUACAGAGAAGCUAGAUAAGGGAGAGAUUUCUGACCAGUUUUGUACUGUGUUGUGUUUGGAUCUGUCUCACAGCAUGGCAGGAAACCCCAUAAAACAACAGAGGAAAGAGGCAGAGAGAAUUGUACAAAGUUGUUUGGGUCAAAUUGCUGUGGUUACCAUCGGUGAUAAGACCAAAGUGGAACAAGAUCUAACACAGGACAAAGAUACAGUAAAGAAAAUUCUGGAACAUUUACACGUACAGCCCUACGGUCAGAUGACCAGCUCCCCAGUAAUUCAGGGCCUUCUGACAGCACUUAAGCUCCUGCAGCUGAGAGUAAAGCCAACAGAAAUUGGUCAUCAUCACAAACUGUAUCCCAAAAUAGUGAUUAUAUCAGAUGGUUUGUUCAAUGACUGCUCCCCAGAGAGUGAAGAAACUAAACAGCCAUGUUCUAAGACCGACAGCCUGUUUGGAUCAGUUUUGGAAGUGAUGGCUGCUUUGAAUAUUCAUGUUCCCAUCUACUUUGUUCCUAUUGGAGAAAAGUUAGAUACUAGUUCAAGCUGGUUUGACACGGUGACAGUUGUUAAGGAUGUAGAUUUUCUUUCUGAUUCCAUGGAAACAGAGACAUUAACAGGAAGAGUGAUGUCAGCCAUCAUGGAACCCAAAGAACCACAGACUCCUGCUAAAUCCUGGCAGGCAAUAAAAAAGGACCUCAUCAGGAAAAAACAGCAUACUAAAGAGAUCAAUAGAGUUGAAUGGUUCAUCACAGAACAUUUUAAAAAGCCCCCACCCAUCGGAACACGAGUGAAGGUUUCUGGUACAGAGUCUCAGCCAACAGGAACUAUCCUACAACACAUCAAAGGACAGAAAGGGGAACAUGACACAAAGACAAAGUAUGUACUUGUUGUUUUGGACACUGGAGAUAAGGAAUAUUACCGCUGGACCUUUGACCAGGAAAAACUACUGUUCUACAAAUCCUCUCCGGACUCGGGUCAUGCAGCCAUACCCGUAGGAACACUGGUCCAUCGAGGCAGACAUUGGAAUUAUAACAACCAAGAUGGUGGUCCAGAUGAAAUAGGGGUUGCCAUCAUCAACAAAGAUGGAGGACGACUAGUCAAGGUGUGCUGGCGCUCACCUUCAGCUGCUCAUGAAUUGAAUGUAUAUAGAUACGGAGAUCAAGAAAGAUUUGACAUAGAAAAAGUGGAACCUCCACUCAUUGACUUGACGGGACUAACUGAUUCUGGGUAUCCACGAUGGGAGGUCAGUGAUGAGGCGGGGAAGUGGAAGACACUGACGGGGGUCAGUGCCCUACAACUGGAGGACAGUGUGGCCCUCAGAAAGUCCAUACUGACCAUGCAGGAGGGACAUACUCAGGGGACAUUUAGGCUGGAAGGGGACAAGCUGACAGACUUCAAUACACAGAAGACUUUAAGGAUAAGGAAGAUGGAGGAAACAUGAGCAUUGACCUUCUUAAAGAUGGAAGUUUUACAUCUCUGAAGAAUGACAGAAAUGGAGUUGUUGACUGCUUUCUAAUUAUUCACUACGCAUAACAUGUACA